AUGUUCAGUCGUGUGAUUGUUGUAAUGACAUUUGUUACAACUUGGUUUGAUAUUGUUUUUGGUUUGUUUAUCAUUUGUAUGAUUUGUUUUUUAUGGAGACUUGAAAGUAAAAGGAAGUCGGCCAUAGUCGAUAGGUUUUCCAUCAAGGAUUUUGACGAAAUCGUGCCAAUCACUGAAAGUACAGUCGGCAUGACUUGGUUCAGAAAGAUUAUGCGAGUGGUAAAUGUGGUUUAUACGGGUCCAGAUGCGAAAGAGGGUGAUUGCAAUUGGUGGCAAAAUGCUUACGCGAAGAAAUUCUUGAGCAUUGCUCAGACAGCCGGUGCCUUUGCCAAAACGGACACAAUUGGAGGGUAUAGUUUUUGCAGGUCCCAAGCUGAGAACGGCAACAGGUGGAUGUUGAGUUGGGGCUGUAAUCUCAGUCAGAGUGUAGAAAGUUUCAUCUUGAUUGGAAGUCAUCUUUUCUUGCCAAAGAAAAGUGAAAUUCAAGUGUCAAGAUAA